AUGGACGGCGCCGCGAGGGAAGCGAAGGGUGGUCUGGAAUGCCGGGUGACGGUGUCGGAGGGCGCGUCGGUGACGGUGGAGCACGAGGCAGCCGGCGGCGCGGCGGCGAGGGCGUGGUGGGCGUGGCUGCUCGCCUGCGUGGCCGCGGCGUGGGGCAGGGUGGCGGGGUUCGCGACCGAGGUGUGGAGGAUCGGGGCGGAUGAUCCCAGGAAGGCCGUGCAUGGGCUCAAGGUGGGCCUCUCGCUCGCGCUCGUGUCCAUCUUCUACUACAUCAGGCCCCUCUACGACGGCGUCGGUGGGGCUGCCAUGUCGGCCAUCAUGACCGUCGUCGCCGUCUUCGAGUACACUGUGGGUGGCAGCGUGUACAAGAGUUUCAACAGAGCCGUGGCGACGGCGAGCGCCGGCGUCCUCGCGCUCGGCGUGCACUGGGUGGCGGACAAAACCGGCGAGUUCGAGCCCUACAUCCUCACCGGCUCCAUCUUCCUGCUGUCUGCGGCGGCCACCUUCUCGCGGUUCAUCCCGACGGUGGAGGCCCUGUUCGACUACGGCGUCACCAUCUUCAUCCUGACGUACAGCCAGCUGGUGGCCGUGUCCGGGUACCGGGUCGACGAGCUGGCGGCGCUGGUGCAGCAGCGGAUCUUCACCGUCGCCAUCGGCAUCUUCAUGUGCCUCGCCGUCGCCAUCUUCGUCUGCCCCGUGUGGGCCGGCCAGGAGCUGCACCUCCUGACCACGCUCAACAUGGAGGAGCUCGCCGCCGCCUUGGACUGCGUCGAGGACUACUUCGCCGAGGGCCCCGCCGCGCAGCCGCAGGCCAGGUCCGACGGGUACCGGUGCGUGCUCAACUCCAAGGACUCCGAGGACGAGCAGGCGAACCUUGCUUGGUGGGAGCCGGCGCACGGCCGGUUCGGCUUCCGCCACCCCUACGGCAAGUACGGCAAGGUCGGCGCCGCCAUGCGGGCCUGCGCGUGCUGCGUGAAGGCCCUGAGCACCUGCGCGUCCGCCGAGGCGCCGGCGCCCGAGCACGUGAAGCGGCUCGUCCGCGACGCGUGCACCAGGGCCGGCGCGCGGUGCGCGCAGGUGCUCAGGGAGGCGUCGCGCUCCGUCGCCACGAUGACGACCUCCUCGCGGGCGCUGAGCCUCGCCGUCGCGGACAUGAACACGGCGGUGCACGAGCUGCAGGGCGACAUGCGGUCCCUCCCGUCGCUGGUGGACGACACGAUGCCCGUCUUCACCGUGGCGUCUCAGCUGGUGGAGUUAGCAGCGAGGGUCGAGGGCGUCGUGGACGCCGUCAAGGAGCUGGCGACCCUUGCGUGUUAA